AUGUCCCGCGGCAGAAGAGCUCUCAGCUCCCCAUCCGAUGCGUAUUAUGACCUUCUGUCUACCUUCAUUAGACAAACCCGCCCACAAACACAGACCAGACUGCGGGAUUCUGCCCAUCACCAUAGACAACGUCGCCUAUUCCACGACUAUUUCGUCACUCACCUUCCCUCCUCUUCUUUACACCCAGACUCCCGCUCUUUGACAGGACUUGCCCACAAAUUCCCUAGGAAGGACUCAACUCCCCAUACUCCAGAUGGCCGAUCGGAGCCUGCCGCCCACCCCUCUGUCUCCCGAGACACCACCGUUGUGCGAAUUCCCUUGAGGAGUGCCAAACAUCACUACGGCGCCUCUGUCUCUCGGGGGAGUCGACCCUAUAAUGAAGAUUCACACCAGGCUGGCAUCAUCGAGCUCCCGGCCUUUGCGAAAAAGCCGCCUCGCUCCGUCACCACCCAGAAACAGGUCAAAGAAGCCACCUCGGCGGAUAAUAUCAGUGGUGACCCUCAAGUCUUUUACUUUGGCGUUUUCGAUGGUCAUGGGGGUGCAGAGUGCAGUGAUUUUCUUAGAGAGCGAUUACACGAUUACAUAGAGAAGUCGGCCAUUUCUUUCGAACUUCAGUCUAGUUUACAGAAGAAGGAAGAGAAAGAUAGACGUGCUGGUGUUGCUCCCGGUUUGAUUGAAGAUGAAGCAGCGGUGAAAAGGGGCAAGGUUGCUUUGGAGGCGGUGCCUACCACAAGCACGGACGAACCUCAGCAAGAUAAGGGUAAAGGUAGAGCUGGCGAUGGACAUAGCGGAGAAUCCACAUCUGCCAGCCGCCCUCUACACCCGGGUAACCCUCCGGUCAUUCAGAAUGCAAAUACAGAAAACAUCAAGACCUUGGAGAAACAGCUGGUUAGGGGCUGGAAAGACCUAGUCGGAGGAUAUUUUCGCCGGUUUAAGCCACCUUAUUUUUCCAUUUACAACGGAAACCCAUACUCUGGAGAGGAGUCCUCUCUUACGAAUGCUGGCGGCGGAGAUACCAGCUCUGGUGCCUCCAUCGAAGAGGUCAUGACUUAUGCUUUCCUCAAGGCUGACUACGACUUCGUGGCGGCUCAAGCAGCCAAACAUUCAGAAAACCGAGACAACACACGAGCCGAGCGGCCGCUGAAUGAUGGUGACAUCUUAGGCGAGCCCAGUAGGGUUGCUGCACAUAUUGGUGGGCAAAAUCGAUUCAAGGGCGGGAGCACAUGCAGUAUUGCACUGCUGUCCACGCCAUCACCCACCCCGUUUUGGAACCCAUCAACCACCUCAUCCAUGCUUGUUGCUCAUGUAGGAGAUACCAGGAUUCUGCUGUGCUCCACAAGUACUGGGCAAGCAGUUCCAUUGACCACGAACCAUCAUCCAUCUUCCCCAGUCGAAAGCAAUCGACUGCGUAGGUACGCGGCCACAUUUGUGACUGACUCAUUUGGGGAAGAGCGAGUCUUGGGGCUCGCCAAUACUCGAGCAUUUGGUGAUAUUGCGUCCAAGCGGAUCGGAGUCAGUGCAGAGCCGGAGAUCCGGCGAGUGGAGAUCGGAGCGGCCGAGUAUUCCUUCAUGGUAUUGAUUUCAGAUGGCGUUUCAGGUACGCUUGACGAUCAGGAAGUGGUGGACAUUGUCAAGGAGGCCAAAACUCCCGAACUAGCAGCCAGAGACGUGGUCAAUUUUGCGACCGAGGUGACGACCGAGGGCGAUAAUGCCACAUGUUUGGUGGUACGAAUGGGCGGAUGGGAGAGACGACAGGAGGGUGGGUUUGGCAGUCUCUCGACCAAGAACAGUCGUGAUUACAAAAGGCAGAGUGCUUCUGAUCCCCGGAGUCGUCGACAGUGA